AUGCCCAAAUCGGUGACGCUGAUUCCAGCCGACGGAACGAAGGGAUCGAUCACACCCACAAUCAAAGUGCUACCAAACGACAAUCGAGGAUGUCGCCAAAUGAACAUCAUUUGCAAAACACCGGCUGGUUUCACCAGAUCAAAUAUGAUUUUCAACGGAGCAGGUCCACCAAAAGCCGGUAAGGACGUCACGGCACUAAUCACUUGCUUCAAAUCAUCAUGGCACACCACCCUCGCUGGAUCGUACAUUUAUGUGAACACCGUGAAAUGCAGAGCGACUUGA